GCAGGCGGGGGUUGGAUUGCGAGGGCGUAGUUUUGAUGAUAGUCGUUGAAGGCUCAUGCGAAAGUAGCUCCUGCAGACGCUGGAAACAAUCGAUGGAACUGACGGAUGUUUUGACAGGCCUGCCCACUGUCAUGCAUCGGCAGUAUAGCCUCGAUAUUUCUACACAACUGCUACGUAGUCAGGGCUAUGUAGACGGGCGUUGGAUAUCUGCUGCUUCGUCCUUCUCAGUGUUGGACCCAGCGACAGGAGAAGAGAUCGCAAAAGUAGCAGACUGCGGUCCAUCCGAAGCUAAAACAGCGGUCGACGCAGCCUACAAGGCAUUCUAUUCAUGGAAGCAAUACACAGCCAAGGAGAGAAGUGUGCUCCUGCGGAAAUGGUACGACCUGAUGACACUGCACAAGGAGGACCUGGCUAAGCUUAUCACGUUUGAAUGUGGCAAGCCUAUGAAGGAGUCUCUGGGUGAGAUCGCCUAUGCUGCCGCCUUCCUGGAAUGGUUCUCCGAGGAGGCACGCCGCGUCUACGGAGACGUGGUCCCCUCGGCCUUCAAGGACCGCAAGAUCCUGCUGCUCAAACAACCAGUGGGCGUGGCUUCCAUCAUCACCCCGUGGAACUUCCCCAGCGCCAUGAUCACCAGGAAAGUUGGCGCUGCCCUGGCGGCCGGCUGCACGGUGGUGGUGAAGCCUGCCGAGGACACGCCCCUCUCUGCCCUGGCGCUCGCCGAGCUGGCAAGCCAGGCGGGGAUCCCAGCUGGGGUGUUCAACGUGGUGCCCUGCUCCAGGGAGAAGACCCCCUCUGUGGGGGAGGUCCUGUGCACAGACCCCCUGGUGGGGAAGGUCUCCUUUACUGGCUCUACCGCCACAGGCAAGAUCCUCUUGAAACACGCUGCUGACACCGUCAAGAGGGUUUCCAUGGAGCUGGGCGGCCAUGCUCCCUUCAUUGUGUUUGACAGUGCAGAUGUGGACAAGGCUGUAGCAGGAGCCAUGGGCUCCAAGUUCAGGAACUCAGGACAGACGUGCGUGUGCUCCAACCGCUUUCUGGUUCAGAGUGGCAUCCACGAUCGCUUCAUGGAGAAGCUAGGCCUGGCCAUGGACGCAGAGCUCAGGAUGGGCCACGGCUCUGACCCCACCACCACCCAGGGGCCCCUCAUCAACGUCCGCGCUGCUGAGAAGGUGGAGCACCAGGUGACUGACGCGGUGUCGCUGGGGGCCAAGGUGCUGAGGGGGGGAAAGCGUCUGGACGGCUCCUUCAUGCAGCCCACCCUGCUGGCUGACGUCACCACGGACAUGCUGUGCACCAAGGAGGAGACCUUUGGCCCCCUCAUACCAGUCAUCAGGUUCGAUUCAGAGGAGGAGGCACUUGCCAUUGCGAACGCUUCUCACGUGGGGUUAGCAGGGUAUUUCUUCUCACAGGACGUCAGUCAGAUCUGGCGGGUGGCGGAGAACCUGGAGGUGGGCAUGGUAGGGGUCAACGAGGGCCUCCUCUCCACCGCGGAGGCCUCCUUCGGUGGGGUCAAACAGUCGGGCCUGGGCCGCGAGGGCUCCAAGUACGGCAUCGAGGAGUACCUAGAUGUCAAGUACAUGUGCUUCGGAGGCCUGACCCUCUGAAAGAUGGAGGUCGGUUGACCUCCCAGUACCUUUGAUUCAGUUGUCUUCAUGUGCUAGUUUUGAAGGUGAUUGCUAAAGAGGUUCCCCUUAACCACAAAUCUGGGAUUAGGGUUCAAUAACUGCAGUAUGAAUCAGGAAGAGAAACAUCUGAUCCAGAAUCUGUAGUUAAGGGCUUUUUGACCCCCAUUUGAUACAAGGUGGGGUUGAGUGAUGGUCAAAGGGAGAUUCUCCAAGGGUCCAUGUCAUAGUUAAAUCGUUCACACAGCUAAAACAGUUGAUGACAAUCAUCACAUAUGAUUCCUUGUAGAAGUAUAACAAGACUGGUAUUAUGUUGUUAUUUCCUGUCUCUGCAAAUAGAGAAAGAAACCUAACUAGAGCCUUAAUUGCUUGGAUACAAGUGAAGAAGUAGGAAAAUCACUGCUGAAGACUACAUUAGAAUAUGCUAUCGACAGACUUAUACUGCUAAGUUGAUGGACUGCAUGUAGACAGAUGGGAGAAAUUCUGGGUUCAUAAGAGGGUGCUUCUUGGAUCUGGCUCUUGAUAGUACUGGAUCUUUGCUGCUUAGUUGUUCUGCAACUUCACAUAGUUUUAUUUGUGCAAAUACCAUCAAUGUUAAUUUCAACUUCAAAUAAUAUGAAGUGUAGCAAGAUGACCACGAAAAUAAGCACAACUGCACUGAUAGUGAGAUUCAUACCAAUGCACAAUAAUUACAUUUAAUUAUAAUUUUUUACAAACUUUAUAAAUAACUGUAAUGUAUUUUGAUGUCUGGGGUAUUGUGAUAUUAGAAAUUGUAUCAGCUAAAUCUAAUUUAAUUACAAUUUCAUGAUACUUGGAUUUUGAAUAUAGAUGUUUCAGAUGUGCUGCGUAAUACUACAGUAAAGUUGUUAUACUAACACUUCUUUCUUUUGAAUAAAUUGUCCUAUCCUAU